CUUAGAAUUGCGUCCACAAGUCGUUUCUUUUGUAAUCUCCUGCUGCAGACACUCUGUUCCGAUGCCUUUAGUUACCAGCAAAGCAGACGCUGCCGUUUACACACCUGCAUCGGUGCGGAUCACUGGAUAAAUACCACAGCCGGAGGGAAAACGCAGCGCUGGAGGGUUUACGGGACGGAGCGUAGCAGUGAGCCCGAAUACUGCCGGCUACAUGUGCAACGGCUUAUGAAUUAUUUCAGUCAGCUGGCGAAAUGCAGACGUUAAUGAGGUUUAUGCUGACGGCUUUCGUCUGCGUCUCCUUGGCGUCCUCCGGCUUGGCGUGCGGACCGGGCAGGGGAUUCGGCAAAAACCGGAGACACCCGAAGAAACUGACCCCUCUGGCGUACAAACAGUUCAUCCCUAACGUCGCUGAGAAGACGCUGGGGGCCAGUGGCAGAUACGAGGGCAAGAUCACGAGGAACUCCGAGAGGUUUAAGGAGCUGACUCCUAACUACAAUCCUGACAUUAUCUUCAAGGAUGAAGAGAACACGAGUGCGGACAGACUGAUGACACAGAGAUGCAAGGAUAAGCUGAACUCGUUGGCUAUUUCGGUCAUGAAUCAGUGGCCGGGAGUCAAGCUUCGUGUGACAGAAGGCUGGGACGAGGACGGGAAUCACUUUGACGAGUCCCUACAUUACGAGGGAAGAGCCGUGGAUAUAACCACCUCUGACAGAGACAAAAGCAAGUACGGAACCCUCUCCAGGCUUGCGGUGGAGGCUGGAUUUGAUUGGGUUUAUUAUGAAUCAAAAGCCCACAUUCAUUGCUCGGUCAAAGCAGAAAACUCGGUUGCAGCUAAAUCCGGCGGCUGUUUCCCGGGCGCGGCCUUCGUCUCCCUCCAAGACGGACGUCGAAAGCGUAUCAGCGACCUGAGGGUCGGCGACAAGGUCUUGGCAGCUGACAGUCAAGGGAACCUCGUGUAUAGCGACUUCAUUAUGUUCAUGGACCAGGACGUGAACACGUCGAGAGUUUUCUAUGUGAUCGAAACGCAGGAACCCAUGAGGAGACUCACCCUCACGGCGGCCCAUCUCCUCUUCGUCCUCGACAACAGGACGGAUUUGUUCGGCGGCAUGAGAGCCGCUUUUGCAAGCAGCGUGAAACCAGGACAAAUGGUUCUGGUAGCGGAUGACCUACGAGCCCAGCUGAAGGCAGUCACCGUUCAGAGGAUUUAUACGGAGGAACACAGAAGCUCGUUCGCUCCGGUUACAGAACAAGGGACCAUCGUGGUCGAUCAAGUACUAGCGUCGUGCUACGCGGUAAUAGAGGACCAUGCGUGGGCUCACUGGGCUUUCGCCCCCGUCAGGUGGAGCUACAGAUUCGUCUCAUAUCUAUUUCCAAUAGGCGGCGCAACGGCAAACGAUGUCCUGAAAUCGGACGGCAUUCACUGGUUCUCGAAGCUUCUGUACCAAAUUGGAACGUGGGUGCUGGACAGCCACUCCUUACAUCCUUUAGGGUUGCCAAUAAACUCCAGCUGAAAUAAGAAAUAUCGUGACGUCGCACAACAAAAAAUAUAUACACAGAAAGGCCAAAAGCCCGGAAUAAUUUCCGGAUAUUUAUUUAACAUUUAAAACUCACCAUCUUUAAACGAAUAAAGAGAUUAAAACUUAUUUCGAGUAAUUUAUUAUCGAACUGUCAAAAUUAAAUGAACUGUCGCUGGAAUCAUACGGACUAAUCGAGUUUUUGAGCAGAAUUUAUUUUUGUGAACUUAAAAAAAAAAAAACAGACAUUACAGACACAAUGCCCCACGGAUUU